CAUUCUUAAUAUUUUCCACCGAUUGUGGCCGCCUACCGCUUUCUCUUCCCUUUUCAUUUUGCUACCCCCUCUCUCUCUCUCUCUCUAGAUUACCAUUACUGGAUUUCGAUUCAGCCCAUUUGAUCUCGCACCGUUUCUCCUCCAUUUUUCCCUUUCCUGCCUUGAUUUCUUAAGUUGAUCGAUCUCUCUUUGCUUGUGGAGUAUUGCAUCCAUCGCAUCCAUGGCGAUCGAAAACCCUUUCAAUGGCAUCUUGAAGACCCUUGAGAAUCCUGAUGGGUCUGUGUUUGGAAAGUACUACAGCUUGCCUGCUCUGAACGAUCCUAGAAUCGAAAGGCUGCCAUAUUCCAUUAGGAUUCUUCUCGAAUCGGCCAUCCGAAACUGCGAUGAGUUCGCGGUUAAGGCUAAGGAUGUCGAGAAGAUUCUUGAUUGGGAGAACACCUCUCCCAAACUGGUUGAAAUUCCUUUUAAACCUGCUAGAGUGUUGCUUCAGGAUUUUACUGGUGUGCCUGCUGUUGUUGAUCUUGCUUGUAUGCGAGACGCUAUGAACAGGCUUGGUGGUGAUUCCAACAAGAUUAAUCCAUUGGUUCCUGUAGAUCUCGUCAUUGACCAUUCAGUUCAGGUCGAUGUGGCAAAGACCGAAAAUGCAGUACAGGCGAAUAUGGAACUGGAAUUUCAACGAAACAGAGAAAGGUUUGGUUUUCUGAAAUGGGGAUCUAGUGCUUUCCAUAACAUGCUUGUCGUACCUCCCGGAUCUGGUAUAGUUCACCAGGUUAAUCUGGAAUACCUUGGCCGAGUGGUUUUCAACACAAAUGGCUUGCUUUACCCUGAUAGUGUUGUGGGAACCGAUUCACACACAACGAUGAUUGAUGGAUUGGGCGUUGCUGGUUGGGGCGUUGGUGGGAUAGAAGCAGAAGCUGCAAUGCUUGGACAGCCCAUGAGCAUGGUCUUGCCUGGCGUCGUCGGGUUUAAAUUAAUUGGAAAGCUGAGAAAUGGUGUAACAGCUACAGACUUGGUUUUGACGGUGACUCAAAUGCUCAGGAAGCACGGUGUUGUUGGCAAGUUUGUGGAGUUUUAUGGGGAAGGUAUGAGUGAACUAUCUUUGGCCGACCGUGCCACAAUUGCCAACAUGUCCCCCGAGUAUGGUGCAACAAUGGGCUUCUUUCCUGUCGAUCACGUCACCCUGCAGUAUCUGAAACUGACCGGAAGAAAAGAUGAAACAAUUUCUAUGAUAGAAUCCUAUUUGCGAGCGAACAAGAUGUUCGUAGACUACAGUGAGCCUCAAGUUGAACGAGUAUAUUCCUCUCAUAUAGAACUGAAUCUUUCGGAUGUCGAACCGUGCAUAUCAGGUCCAAAAAGACCGCACGAUCGAGUUCCCUUAAAAGAAAUGAAAGCUGAUUGGCACACAUGCCUCGACAGUAAAGUCGGAUUCAAGGGGUUUGCCAUACCAAAGGAAGCUCAAACAAAGGUUGCAGAGUUCAGUUUUCAUGGAUCCCCAGCUCAGCUUAGGCAUGGGGAUGUCGUAAUUGCGGCUAUCACUAGCUGCACAAAUACCUCGAACCCAAGCGUUAUGCUUGGAGCUGCUUUGGUGGCUAAGAAAGCUUGUGAUCUUGGGCUAGAGGUUAAGCCCUGGAUUAAGACGAGUCUUGCUCCCGGCUCUGGGGUGGUGACCAAAUAUUUGGCGAAGAGUGGCUUGCAGAAGUAUCUUAAUCAGCUAGGGUUCCAUAUAGUUGGGUAUGGAUGUACUACAUGCAUUGGAAAUUCAGGAGAUAUUGAUGAAUCUGUUGCUUCAGCGAUAACCGAAAAUGACAUGGUUGCUGCCGCCGUGCUGUCUGGAAAUAGGAAUUUCGAGGGUCGUGUACACCCUUUGACGAGGGCCAACUACCUCGCUUCUCCUCCUCUCGUGGUAGCCUAUGCUCUUGCUGGCACUGUCGACAUCGAUUUUGAAACUGAGCCUAUUGGGCGGGGAAAGGAUGGAAAGGAAGUGUUUUUUAGGGACAUUUGGCCGACUAGCGAAGAAGUUGCCGAAGUCGUACAAUCGAAUGUGUUGCCUGACAUGUUUCGGGCCACAUACCAAGCAAUCACUGAAGGAAAUGCAACUUGGAAUCAGUUAUCCGUUCCCGAAGGAACACUCUACUCCUGGGACCCAAAGUCAACGUACAUUCACGAGCCUCCUUAUUUUAAAGAUAUGACCAUGUCUCCUCCCGGGGCUCACGGGGUCAAAAACGCGUACUGCCUGCUCAAUUUUGGUGAUAGUAUUACAACUGAUCAUAUCUCACCUGCUGGUAGCAUCCAUAAAGACAGUCCUGCUGCUAAAUACCUUCUCGAACGUGGGGUUGACAGAAGAGAUUUUAACUCGUACGGUAGUCGCCGUGGGAAUGACGAGAUUAUGGCACGUGGCACGUUCGCCAACAUUCGUAUAGUCAAUAAACUAUUGAAGGGGGAAGUUGGGCCGAAGACAAUUCACAUCCCCAGCGGGGAGAAACUCUCUGUAUUUGAUGCUGCAAUGAGGUACAAGAACGAGGGGCUUGAUACGAUCAUUCUGGCCGGUGCCGAGUAUGGAAGCGGAAGUUCGCGUGAUUGGGCUGCCAAGGGGCCAAUGCUUCUGGGUGUCAAAGCAGUUAUAGCAAAGAGCUUUGAACGUAUACACCGCAGCAACUUGGUCGGUAUGGGUAUUAUUCCUCUAUGUUUCAAGGAUGGAGAGGAUGCCGAGUCCCUCGGGUUGACUGGGCAUGAGCGUUACACCAUCGAUCUUCCAAGCAAUGUGGGAGAAAUCAGACCUGGUCAGGAGGUGGGUGUGGUGACAGACGCUGGAAAGUCGUUCAGUUGCAUUCUAAGAUUCGACACCGAGGUGGAACUGGCAUACUUCGAUCAUGGUGGAAUUCUGCAGUAUGUGAUGAGGAAUUUGAUCCACGCAAAGCACUAAAGGAAGUGGGAUCAGGUUGGAGCUCUGAAUUUCUUAAUAAAAUGGUUUCAAGUUCUUCGUUUGGGACUAUCAAGUUCUUCGUUUCAAGGAUUUCCCAUAUAUAUAUAUAUCUGUAUGAAUGCUAAUUUUUCAGAGAAAUUUAUUGUUUGAAUU